AUGAUAAUUGCUUUGGCCUUUUCAGCUGUCAUGUUGUUUUUACUCAUGCCAUCUUAAGCAUCUCUGGCUUGCAAUACCGCACAAUUUUUAAAUACUGCUACUAACACCUGCGAAGAUUGCGGUGAUACCUGCGAUGAAUGCCUCGAUUUGAUAACUUGUGUAAAUUGCAAAAAUCCCCAAUUAUAAUUACUAAAAUCUGGGAGUUGCUAGUUCUGUCCAGACAAUUUCUAACUAAAUGAGUUAAACGAGUGUGAAGCUUCAAGAAUGUUUGUUGAUCCAUCCUCCAAUAAAUAUUUAGAACUUGGAACCCGAUCUUAUCCAUUUAAAUCUAUGAUCUCAGCAUUGGUUGAAUUAUUCAACUAUCUCCAAGCUGAUAAGAAAUCAUAUGAAAUAUUGAUAAAAGAGGAUCUUAUGCAGUAAUUUUCACUUAUUACUGACCCAACUUAUAACAUUAAUGCAAAGAUUUAGCAAGGUUUGAUUACACCAGCCGAAUUGAAUUUGAUUUCAUUAAAAUCUGAAUUAGUUAUCAUUAGAAGCUCAGUUUUCUUUGCUAACCUUCUCAUCGAGAAUCAAAUUACUGAGAGCAAUGAGGAGAAUAGAUUUCUAUUCCUAUACGACAUUUAAAAUCGAACGAUAUAAUUCGAGGUUUGUUAUUCCACCAUAUUUAAAUUUAUUUAGAAAAUUGUAUUCAAUCUUUAUGGUAAAAUUAUGCGCUCUGCAAAUCCACUUAACAUGAGGAUCUUGAAUUCAACUAUAAUCACAGAUUAUAUGACAGAGGGAAUCAUACUGUUGUCAGAUUGUAGCUAAAGAACAAGUAAUUCUUAUGAAGGAGAGAUACUAAUAUCUGGAUUAAGAGUAAUUGGCUAAAGAUAUCUAGUUAUCUAGCAACCAUAGAUCUAUAUAUAGACUCUUUAUAAUGUCACUAUUGAUAAUUCUGAAUUCAGAUCAUUCUCUACUACCAAUGAUGCUAGCAAGUAGUAGCUUUUCAUUGAAUCUACUAAUUUAUGCCCAUUUAGUACUGAUAACAAAAUAAAGAAAACAUAGGUCACCAAUAGUUACAUAACAUCUGAUGCUAUUAAUGGAAAAGAAUUAAAUAUUCGUAAUAUAACUAAUAACAAUGUAUCACUUGGUCCAAUUUAAGCCUCUCAUAUCUAAAUCACAGGAUCAACAACAUUGAAUUUGAUAGAUGUAAAGUUUUUUAACUGCGAUACUUAGUCCAGAAUAGUAUUAGCAACAGGAUUGUUUACAUAUACAAAUAUAGAUAGACUAGUAUUGAUAAAUAAUACAUAUCUUAGCACUUCUACUAAUUAUAUAACAAAUUUAAGAAGUCAAAGCCUUUCAAUAAUCAAUACUACUUUUAAUGGAUUUAAAUAUGCUGAUUAGUCAAAAUUUGGAGCAUACAUAGUCAGAUAUGACGAAUAUACUUUGACAAGCUCAGGUGAAAAUUCUACAUUUGACAACGUAACAGUCAGUAAUAAUGAAGUUAACUUUUUCUUUUUUGGAGGAUUUAAGAAUUCUUCACUUCCUAACAAAAACAUUUAUUUCUAAAUCAGACUUAAUAGAAUAUUCUUCAAUUAGAACAUGUAUGAAAAAGAAGCUAAUCUAAUUAUGAUAGAUUAAUUCGUAGAUGAAAGCAAUGCUUAGAUUGUAAUAAAUAACUCUUACUUUUCCAACAACUCUUUUGGAGCUGGUGGAAAUUUAUUGCUUGCCCACUAAAACUAAAGACUUCCUUUAAUUAUCUAGAACACAAUAGUCACAUUUAACUAUCAAGCGCAAUUUCAUUUUAAAGCUGGAGAUAUCAUGAUGACAAAUUUGCCUUUAUCAGUUAUAGUAAAGAAUUGCACAUUUUCAAAGAACUAUUAGAUGAUAGAUAAUUUAUCAAUGUCAAGAGGAACAAUUAUCUUAGCAGAUUAUCAAUAUGUGGGAGUUUAUGUGCAAGAUAGUUCAUUCAUUAGAAAUUUUGCAGCAGAUGGAGCAGUAUUUUUUGUUCAUUACAAUAGCUACAUUAUCAUUAAAAACUCUACUAUUCAAAGCAAUCAUGCAGUUUAAUGCAGCCUUGGGAUAAUAGAAAAUUCUGGUUACUUCUAUAUUUAAGACAGUCUUAUUUAAGAUAAUCAUGCCCUUAAAAAUUCAAUAAUCUCAAUCCUAGAUUCUAUUGAUAUCUAGUCAGAAUUUGAUAAUUGCUAAUUCCACAAUAACGGAGCGUAUGAAAUUGAAAUGCUGGCCAGUUUCUUGAUAAAUAAUUGGUUAUAAAAUGUGACUGACUAAAAAAUAUUAUCUUAGAUUUAAUUGAGUGAUCGAAAGCUUUUGGUUAAGGAUAAAAUUUAAUACUCAAUGACUAUCAGCAAAGGAUCUCUUAAAAUUUCAAAUUCAUUUAUAUAAAGAGCCAGAAACUAUAUCAUUUCAUAUGUAUCUGAAGUUAGUAUUUACAAUACUUCGAUAGCAAAUUUAACUAUAAAUGAUUAAGAUGGAUCCUUCAUCACUGUAACAUAAUCAUAGGUACUCUUACAAAAUACAUCAUUCUUCAACAUUUCCUACUUAAAUACUAGAAUAGGACACAAACAGUACAUUUUGGAGUCGUAUUUAAACAGUUAGAUUUAAAUAUUCGACACUCAAUUGGUUGCAUCUAGAAUUUAGCUACUUUCCUCUGUAAAUACCGACAUAGUAAUCAGAAAUUUAAGCAUUAUAAAUGCCAGUUAUUUUUUUACAAAUGAUAGAAUAAUGAGAAUCGAUUCAUCAAGUCUGAUUCUCAAUGAUUCAAAUUUUAACACAAUGCAAAGUGUAGCACCCACACUUAUUUACUUAUUCAGAUGUAAAAAGAUCCAGAUAAACAAUUCAACUUUCAUUAAUUUCAAUAAGACUCUUUUCUAAAUUCAGCUGAGCUAAAUUAACAUAACUGGAUCAUCGCUAAUUGCGAAUAAUAGAACAUAUGACUUAGAUACUAAUUAUUAAAACAUGAUAAGGUUUAGACUACAAGAUAACAAAAUUAUUAACAUUAUUGAAAGCACAUUGAGGAUUAAAAACUCUACUUUUAUUAGAGGAAUGUCAAAGGAAUAGGGUGGUGCACUAUUAAUUAAAAAUACUAAUUUGAACGUCAGAUUAUCGAAUUUUAUUGAGAAUUACGCAAAAGAAGGUGGAGCUAUGGCCUUAAUAUGCUCUCCAUAUUCUAACUAUUUUGAUUCUAAUUAUGCUGCUACUAAGGGAGGAGGAAUAUACUACAACAAGCAUAGACCUUAAAUAUAUAAAAAGAAUGUUUUCACUGGAGAUAAUUAUGCACCAUAUGGUUCAUAAAUGGCAGGUUAUCCUUAUAGUGUUAUAAUUUAAAGUUAUGAUAAAAUUGAUAUAGCAAGUGGCUAAAUCUAUUAAGGAAUAAUCUAGAUUGGAAUUAUUGAUGCUGAUGGUCAAAUAAUCACCAAUGAUAAUAGCUCUGCAACUGAUUAAAAAGCCAAAAUAUCUGGAGAAUAUCAGAUUUAAGUAGAAAAUGGGAUCGGCAUCUUUUAGACUGGAAUGCUUUAAUUCUACUCAAUCCCAGGAAGCAAGAAUGUAUCAUUUAAGAUACAAUCCUCAAGUAUUGAUACCAAUUAUAUAAAGAAAAUUUUCUUAAAUGCUUCAAACGAUCAAACUAAAUCAAUAAAUCUUGAAUAUAUUUACUUUGAUUUCAGAGAAUGCCAAAGCGGAGAAAUUAACUUUAAUGAAUAUUCUCAGUGCAAUGAAUGCCUUGAUAAUGCUGAGUGUCCUGGAGGAGAUAUUAUAAAUGUCUUACCAGGAUUCUGGAGGUCAUCAAAUAUUUCCACAAAUAUUUUACCUUGUAUUUAUGAUAAAGCUUGUGUAGGCAAUUAACUAGAUUCAACUUCAAAUAAUGCCUAGAUUUGCAAGUAUGGUUACGAGGGAAAUUUAUGUAAUCACUGUUCAAAUGUUGAUGGCAUUUAAUUCAUGAAGAUAAAUAAAUAUGAAUGCGGUCUUUGCCCCUCUAAAAUUAACAAUUUAAUUUACAUUUCUGGAAUCUUUUUACUGUUAGUUAUAGCACUUGCAUUCUUACUUUGGAUCAAUUUAAGAACUUAGAAAGAGAGUGAGACUAGUAUUGUGAUCAGAAUAUUACUUAAUUAUAUACAGGUCUUGACUUCUGCGGCUGCAUUUAACUUGAACUGGCCCUAUUAUUUACAAGCAUUUUUUGGUAUAUAUUCUGAAGUUGGAUAAAUUGCUGAAAACAUAAUUUCUUUUGAUUGCUUCUUGCAAGAUACAGGAUUUACAAAGCCAGAUUCAUCUACAUUUUACUUCAAAACCUUAGUAAUAGUGAUAUUGCCCAUAAUCAUGAAUUUCAUUUUCUGGAUUUUCUUUUUUAUUACCAAAUUAUUUAAACACUAAAGCUUUGCAAAUUUUAAGAGAUAAGUGACUGUAGCUACAAUUGUCAUUAUUUAUUCAUUGCAUCCUACUAUAACAAGAAUGUCUACUAGUUUAUUUUUUUGUAUGGAGUUAGAUAAGGGAGAGUAUUGGCUUCAAUAAGAUCUUUAGGUUCGAUGCUGGACAAAAGAGCAUGUGAGUUGGAGUCUUGGAAUAGGAUUUUCUUCAGUUAUAGUAUGGACCUUAGGUGUUCCUAUAGUUGGAUUCGUAUAUCUAUACAGAAAUUAGAACAGUCUGCAUAAACUAACAUUUUUUGGUAGAUACAGAAUGAUGUAUUAAGGAUUAAAGUCUAAAUAUUUUUACUGGGAAUUUCUUAACAUUCUGAGAAAGACGUUUCUAGUUUGCGUCAAUGUAUUUCUAAAUCUUUACUCAAACAUAUUCAAAGCAUUAUUAAGUUUGAUAGUUCUAACAGGAUUCUUGAGGUUAUAAGGAUAGCUUUAGCCCUAUAAAAAUCCAGUGUUUAACAUCUUGGAGGAAAGAGAGAUUCUAACAUCAAUAGUGACAUUUUUCGGUGCUUUAUUCUUUGUUAGCAGCGAGAUAUCAGACAUUAUAUAACUUGUAGUAUUUAUUGCUAUUUUACUGAGAAGCAUUAUUAUUGAAAAAUUAGUGAGAAAAAGACUUGAAAAAAAAUAUCCAAUUACUAAUAUGAAUAUUUCAGUUGUUAAUCUAGAUCAAUAUAAUGAGGAAAGAAGUUCAAAGAGAAGCUUUGCAAAUAACUCACAAACUAAGGAAAUGACUUUCUUUAAAAGCGAUAAAAAUUAAGAAUAGAUGAAUUAAUAAGUAAAAAUCAUUGAAAAUAACAGUAAUAACAAUAAUAUCAAUAGAAGAACAUAAGUAAUAAAAUCUUCUAAAAAUUUAAUACCAAAAGUAACAAGAGUAAGAAAAAUUAAAGAUACUUAAAAAGAGAAAAUUGAAGUAGCUUAUAAGAUAAUUGAGCCAAAUAAUACCAAAUUUACAUAAAAUAAUGCUCAUGAUAUUUCAAAUCUCGUAAGUUCUAAUAGAGCGACUCAGAUAACUUAAGUAUAUUCUUCUAUGGAUAUGACAAAAACCAGGCAGGAUAAUACAUUUGCAGAAGAUUUAAAUCCCAUCACUACCUUUGCUGAUUACAAUCAGAAUCUUAUUUCAAAUCAAUUUGAGAAUAAAGAAGAAUGGAAAAUAAAGGAUAAAAAUCAUAAGACUUUUAUUAAAGACUUCUAGAAUCAUAAGAACUUAAAAAAUAUAAAAUUAAGAAAUCAGUAAUCAAACUAAGAAGAUGACAGAAAGCUAAAUAAUUUCUUUUUUUCUCCAGUCUAAUCUGGCCAAAUAGAAGGAACUCUAAAAUCAUUUGUCAGGAAAGUUAAGUAAUAUAAAGAAAGUAAAAAAAUUAAGAAGAACAACAUAAAAGCUUAAAAGAAAUAAAUGAGCCAAAUUAAUCGAGAUAUAGAUAUAUAAUUUGAAGUAGAAAAAGGAUAAAUAGAUGCUGCGUAAACAAAAGUUCAAUAUUUGAGACCACUUUGA